AUGUUUUGACUAAUCUUCAUCGUAUAUUUUGAUUAAUCUUGUAAAAACCUUUCCACUAGAUUGUUGCUUGAAUGUUUUGAUUAAUCUUCAUCGUAUAUGCCAAACAAACAUGUAAUCAUAACCUGCAUGUUGCCGGUUGAAAGGGAUUGAUCUUUAGGUCCCAAAAACACCGUAAUAAACACAAAGAAUCUUUGAUUUUGAUUCAUCUUUAUAAAAGAACGUUUGCAUACUUGACUUGUGGAUAGUCGACGACAAAAAUUGCUUUGGACACAACAUAGUGGCAAACUUUUCAUUGUUUUCAGUGGCUUUAAAAAUAUAUUAUGGCUAUUUUAUGCAUCUACUUUUUAAAUUGUCAUGUGUUUAUAAUGAAAUAUCUUAUUUAAAGUGUAUAUCGUGUUCUACGUUGAAGCCAGAAUCUUAUUUAAAGUAAGAUAAAACUAUAAACAUAUACAUACAUCAAUUACCCUUUUUUAAUGGCCAGGAUCGGACCAAAUAGGUAUUGCUUGUAACUAUCAUCGGCACAAAUUAUUCAAAAGAGAACCACAUAACCUACGAUAUAUAUAUCAUUUUGUUUUAUAAUACCUUCCAAAAUUAUUUAUACAUCCAAUGUAUUGAUCACCAAGUUGCAUACCUACUAGGCUACUACAGAUAUUAAAAAUAAACAUUUGUUUUUUUAGAUAAGGGCUGGCUACAUAUUAUAGGUUUUGAGUUAGCAAGUGAGAUAAUCGAGUAAUCUUAGUUUGAUUGGAUUACGGUCUUUAAAACAAGCUCGUCUUAGAUCUCAUACCAACGAAUAGAAAAGUUAUACGAAAACAAUAUUAAAAAGAUCGUCUCAAUAGCCUUUUUGUUACAUUUUAAAGCUUUCGAGUUUUUAUGUGCGUAUAUGUAAAGGUUGGAAUGAAUAUUUGUAAUUAAACUGUGAGCUAAGAAGUUGUUGAUUGCAGCCGAAAUCAGUUUUUCUCAUUUCAUGUGUGUCUUACCAAUUAGUUACAGUAAAAAAAAUGUGUCUUCUCCAAAGUAUGAGAAUAUAGAGUGAAUUAGUUGAGUUCAAGAGUUGGAUUUGAUCUUGGUAUUUUGGUAACAAACAGGUGAUAUCAAUGUUCAAAGAAAAAAAAGCAGGAGAUAUCAGAGCUCAGUGCAGAACUUAAAAUGUUUUUUUUAUACUUCGUGUAAUAGCAAAGCGAUGGUCAGACGAUAAUAAGAUCAAUAGAUAUCGAGAAUGGAUGCAGAGGUCUACAGAACGGGUAGGGCUCAGUGAGGUAUGAGGAGUACGUACAAUCUUUCUAACCAGUUUUACUUUUACCGAUUUAUUUUGUACUUUUUUCUUGUGUCGACUAGUCAUAUUGUACUUUAUCUAUGAAUGAAACUUUAUAAUAUGUUGGCAGGGUGCAAUAAUUGAACCACGUGAGACAGUGUUUGGUCGUAGUUGAGACACGUGGUUCCGCAGAGCGUAAACUGUAGUCAAAAAGGGGGUCCAAGAUUUGUCGGAUACACGAACGGUGCAUCACAGCCAGACAGCUAGAUUAUCUUCUCCGUACGACUUUUUUUCUUCUUCAACAUUUGUCGACUUGUUCGCUCUCUCCUCUAUACUAUAGCACUACUAUUUUUUUAUUCAUAAUAGAUUGUAGCAUUCAUUAAAUGUGUCAUUCAAUACUUUGGGCUGUUGAAACCUGAUUACAGCUCAUGCAAGAUUCAGUGGGUGGAAGGCAACAAAAAAAGGUUGACGCCGACAAAUAAAAAAUUAAGAAAAAAUCGGUGUGUAUUGUGGGUGGACGACGAUGACAAAUUAGUAUACAAGGGUCAAUGGACAAAGACAUAACUAAUAAAGGCUAAUUGAGGGCGAAUCAAUUCUCACACAUGAUAAGAGUACUCUUUAGUGAAUUCACUCAUGUUCUACAUAGUAAAACAGUCAAUUAAGGCUAAUAAUAGAACAUUCCUAGUCUAAAAUCAAACAUCAACCGUCUUGAUGUGAUAAUAUACUAAUCUAUAUUACACCAAAUAAUUAUAAUAAUAAUAUAUAGAGAAAUCCGGUUAAAUUAAACACUUCUAUUUAGGUUGUUUGCACUAUUUAAGGUAUUUAAUUAUCAUUAUAUAUUUUGUCAUGCAGUUUUGACUGUAACCAAGUCCAUAACGUCCAAACAAUAAAGAAUUUUUCAAAAUUAGAAUCCGUAUUGUCUUCUUUAAGAAGUAAGUGAAAUCCACAUAGACAUUUAAGAUCUAUGCAUAUGAUUUACUAGCUAUCGUGCAUAUUGUACAUAUAAAAAAAUUUGUUAAAAAAAUUAUGGAUUUGAUAAGCAACAGUACCUAUUCAUGUAUGUAUAAGGCGCAUUUUAUCCAUUCUUCUCAAUUCUUACAUUCUGAACAAAAUUAUCAUACCGAUAAACAUUCGUGCAAGUGUAGCUAAGAUAAACGCAACUCAUAUCUUCUAUCACCAAUAGAAGCAAAAAAAAAACCAUGAAAUUCCGCGUUAUCACUAUUUGAUAUUGUCGACACUGUUGAAUCAAUGGAAUUGAUGAUGUAAUAAUAAUAGACCAACUUUUCUAAUACGAAGGCUCUUUUGGAACCCCACCACGAAAGGAAACAUAGAAAACGACAAGUUCGUAAUAUAAUCUUUUGAAUAAAUAUGGAGCAAUGAUAUUACAUUCAUUGGCAUAAUUACAAUUCGCCUUUAAUGGUUUUAGAUUAACAGAAUUAAAAUAUUCAACAUCCGUCUCUAGCGGACCACAGUAUGUAACUUAGUAGUGCUUCUGAUCAGACCAAUACAAAUAAGGCGUUCUCAUGUUAUAGCACGAUCACGUAGGUUUGGUGGUAACAUUAUAAUGAUGUUUUGAUUCAUCCAUUGUUUUAGUUUUUUUUUUUUAAUUAGGAACCGGAUUCGACGGCUCAAGAAGAUGUGAUUUAAUGCGUAGAAGUAGUACUUCGUAACUAUAUGGGCUAGAAAUUUAUUACGUCCUAGCCUAGGGUUGCCGUCUUAAGCAAUUCAUUGGAGUGAUGACAUAAAUGUUUAAAGCAAAUUCUUUCUACUUAUGAGUUCAAUAAAUCCAAUAGACUGGUGACUAUGUACUCUACCGUAGUUUCGAAUCUAUACACGUCGUGCAAACUGCAGAGUAAGUAUAGUGAAGAGGACCAGAGCUUCUUCUUUCUCUUUUUUGGUGAAUACAAAACCAAAUCUAAGGAACAUCUCUAUGAUGUCACAUCACAAAAAGAAAAGCAAAAGAUUAGAAAACAUCAACUCGUGUUUCGCGUUAUAAAUUAAACUUUUUAACAAAAAGAAAGCAUAGUCCUAGUUACAGCCACACCAACCUUUCUAGUAGGUAAGCAGCUACGCCCUUUAUGGGUCCCUCUCUCUUUCAAACCACACAUAUACGAGAGAGAAUGUAAAUAUGUCUAUACUUAUUAUAUAAGUUAAAGAGUUAAUACUCUAAACACUGAGAAUCAUUGAGAGACUUUGGAAACAUCUAAACACGAGAGUAGAAAUUUCACCAAAUAAUGAUACAAACAAGAACUAUCUUUUCUAACUCUUACACCCAAAACAAUGUCUCACUCCUUUUGCCUUAGAUAUAUAGUUAUAUAUUCUAUAGUAUUUUAUACCAACCCAAAUCUCUAGCUCGCGUCUUUGUUACAUUUCUUGGAACACUUUGACAUCAUAAAAGCUUUACAAAACUUAACAAUGGUGAGUUCGUCACUUGGUUCCGACAAGGAGAAAAAAGGAAGUAAGCAGCCAGUGUAUCGUGGAGUUCGCAUGAGGAGUUGGGGCAAAUGGGUAUCUGAGAUACGUGAGCCACGUAAGAAGUCGAGGAUCUGGCUCGGGACUUUCCCCACGGCGGAGAUGGCCAUGCGUGCUCACGACGUGGCGGCUUUGAGUAUCAAGGGAAGUUCCGCUAUACUAAACUUCCCUGAGCUCUCGGAUUCUCUCCCUCGACCCGCUUCGCUCAGCCCUCGUGACGUCAGAGCUGCGGCCACCAAAGCGGCUCUCAUGGACUUUGGUUCGACGGUAAGGUCUGAGAGUGAGACGAGCGAAGAAACGGCAGUGUCCGGUCAAAAGUCAGAGAGUGAGAGUAACGAAACGACGACGUCGAGUAAAAGGUCGGAGAGUGAGACUAGUGAAACGGCGUCGUUCUCUUCAUUCUCGGUGACGAGUGUUGAUGAGGACAGUACAGUCUCGGACGAUUUGGACAACAUCGUCGAGUUGCCGAGUCUUGGAACGAGUUUAGACGAGUCAAGCGAGUUUGUGUUUUUUGACUCGUUGGAGGAUUUGGUGUUCUUGCCGUCAUGGUCACUGAGUGGUACGGUAGAUGAUUUUACGUAUGACAAUGAUUCUCUGCUGAACUCGGUUUUUCAAGAAAGCUUUUCUUGGAAACAUUUUCCUGAAAAUUAAAUUAAAAUCGUAUUUAUUUUUUUGUUUUGUUGGCUUUAGUUUUCAUGGGAUUCUCUUAUGGUUUUUUUAUUUGCGUGAGAUAUCUCCAAGAAAGAUGAUGAAAUGUAAGUGUGUAUACUCUUGGGUUUAGCUGAAAUAAUGACAGCAGUGUAGUGUUUUGAGGUUUUUUUUUA